GAUCGAAUGAGAGUACGAGAAAAUAGAGGGCUGUGAACAGUCCAUGUUUGAGGAAGCUUAUGUUCAGGCUCAGCCCAUCCCCCGUCGGCCACUUCGCUCUCAGCCAGUUCCUUCUCGGCCCUUCCAUCUGCGGUCAGGCCCUUCCAGCCGGAUCCUGUUCAGUUACAAGCUAUGUGCAAGACCAUAUAGAGACUGUUUGAUCCUAAUUACUUUCUCUUAAAAAUCUCUUUCCAGUUCUUUUGCCAUGGACGAGGGACAGUUACAAGGCCUUGGUAUCACUCACGUCCUAAAUGCAGCACAUGGGAAAAAACUCUAUCACGUCCACACAGGUCCAGAUUACUACAAUGAAUCAGGAAUUAUCUACCACGGUGUUCCUGCCUUGGACAUGUUCACAUUCAAACUCGACCGUUAUUUUGACGAAGCAUGCGAUUUCAUCGGGAAAGCAGUUGGAACAAAGAAAACUGGAAAGCUCAACGGCAAGAUACUCGUUCACUGUAAAGAAGGCGUGAGUCGGUCAGCCUCGCUUGUGUUGGCGUAUUUAGUGAGGGAUCAGGAAAUGACACUUAAAGAUGCAGUGAGGCUUGUGCGGAGCAAGCGUGAAAUUUCACCCAAUCAGGGGUUUCUUCAACAGUUGAUAGAUUAUUCUUACAAGCUCGGAAGAGCGUAGCUUGUGGAAAUUGCUUCUUCGAAGUAGGACGAUUAAGAAACAAAAUUACAGGCAAUGAAACGCAUACGUUAAUAGUAAAUACUAUGGAGAAAUUUCUAUCCUAAGGAAGAAUUUUUUGGUUGCAUUUACUUGAAAAACCAAACCAAUACUGCGCAGAUCGUAAAUAUUGUACUGUUGGUUUG